UAGACGUACACUACCAGAUUCUAAAAUAGACACCUUGUCUUGUGAUACUGUGGAGAGAUGUUCAGUUGGAAAGUUUGUGUUCUUGUUUUAUUGUGCUCCUUUGGUGCCUGGCAUCUGAGAUGGCCUUUACGUCUUUGGGACAAAUUCUUCUCUCGAGAACCAACAGUGAGCGAAUCCAAAAUGGUGGACGAGGUAACCAUGGAGAAACUGAACUCUGGUUUCCAGAAGCUGCAAAAAGCAACUGAUUGUAAAUCUCUCUUGAAGAAAUACUUAACAAAGGAUGUUUUUGAAAAAUUGAAAAAUGAGAAGACAAAAAUGGGAGCAACUCUUCUCGACGUUAUUCAGUCAGGGCUUGAAAACUUGGAUAGCGGUGUGGGUAUUUACGCCCCUGAUGCAGAAUCAUACACCGUAUUUUCUCAAUUGUUUAAUCCAGUUAUCCAGGAUUAUCAUGUUGGAUUCAAACCGACAGAUAAACACCCGCCGAAGGAUUUUGGAGAUGUUUCCACUUUGGUUGACCUUGAUCCUGACGGAGAGUUUGUUGUCUCCACCAGAGUGCGCUGCGGCCGGAGCCUUGAGGGAUACCCUUUCAAUCCGUGUCUUACAGAAGCUGUAAGAAAUAUUUCUGUUUCUAUACCAGCUCAGGUAAGUCUCGUUACACGGGUCUACUCUAGACCAGCUCAGGUAAGUCUCGUUACACGGGUCUACUCUCGGCUAGUUCACGCUGUAAACAACAUAGAAGCUAAACUUCCGUUUUCACACGACGGUCGACUGGGAUUUCUGACCUUCUGUCCGACGAACCUGGGAACUACCAUGAGGGCCAGCGUCCACAUCAAGCUGCCUAAACUGUCCAAAGACCGAAAGACUCUGGAACAGGCUGCAGCCAAGUAUAAUCUUCAAGUCCGAGGUACCCGUGGGGAGCACACGGAGAGCGAAGGUGGUGUUCAUGAUAUAUCUAACAAGAGACGAUUAGGCCUAACUGAGUACCAGGCCGUCAGGGAGAUGCAGGACGGGAUUCUCGAGUUGAUUAAACUGGAGAGAGCAGCUGAAUGAUCACCGGCUUCUUUUUAUUACUGUUGUUACUGCGUUUAGUGCUAAAUUGUUUUAAUGAUAUUGAAAGAUUAAGUUAACCCUAACACUUACUAUAAUUAAGUUAACCCUAACACUUACUAUAAUUAAGUUAACCCUAACAAUUACUAUGAUUAAGUUUCUAGGCUUCAUUUAUUAUCUCAGUUUCAGAAGACUGGGCCGUAUUAGAUGGUACAAGGCUUUAAAAUUUACUACGUCAUUAUAAACUACUGUGACGAAUCUAGUCAACAGUAUUUUCCAAUAUAAUUGAGGACCAUCUAUAGAAGAUGCUUACAUUAAUAAUCAAAUCUUUGUUAUGCGUCUGUGGUUAACCAGACAUGUCUGCCAAUAAGUAAAUAAAAAUUGUGAAAACUAUA